GUCUCAGGCAGCAUGCUGGAGACAGUUUUUAAACACUUGGACUCCCAGGGGACUCAUCUGUGCAGCAGCCCUAUCAAUUCCUCACAUGAUGUCUACAUUGUUCAGACAACAGAGACAGGCUUCCUCGGCCUUGUCAGCGGCCUGGCAAAGGAACUUCAGCAACUGUUCCCUGUCAAAACACAGCAUGACUUUCAGAGCUUAGCUGAAAGAGAUUCUGACGUUCUCUGGGAGGUCACUGAAGUUGAAAACAUCAGUAGUGAAGGAAGAGAAGUGAAUUUCAGCCGCAGGAAGGGAAACAAGAGUGAUGUCAAGGAUGAAACAAUUGUAAAUGGAAUUCUGAAUCCCACAGCGUGUCUCCAUUUGGGCGACGUUAUUCUGUUCACUGUUGACACGCGUCACUAUCCACAGUAUGAUCUUGACAACUUGUACAACACAAAUAGCGAUUUCGACUGGGGGGCAUUCAGACUGCUAAAAGAAGAAAUGACUCUGUCUUGGACUCAUCCCAUCUUCUUUGCGGUGGUCUUUAGCCAGCCUGGAGUAUAUGUUUUUAGUCUGAGCAGCGAUCAGCACAAACAACUGUAUGUGCGGGUGAUGCCUGCAGGCGGCCAGUGUUAUGAGCCCGGCCCCUUCUUCCCCACCAUCCCUCGUCAUGUGACCAGGGUAGGAAUCAGGAGGAGACGCAACCUGUUACUGAGGCCAGAUUGGCUGGUGACAGGAGGACUGCUAUUUGGAGCCGUGGUCAUCCUCUGUUUAUGUGUUACACUGCUGAUCCUUUUCCGUGAAUAUGGAUGGCCUGAGAAGGAGCCAAUCAGAGCGCGGUAUAGGUUGUUACAGUUGGCCUACCACAUGGACGACUACUCAUCAAAAGGUUCAAGGGUGGUCUCAGUUAAGAAGAUACACCGAAACCAACAAGCUAGAAUGACACAAGACUCCAUUCAGCCAGCCUGUGGAGAUACCUUGGAGGAAUUCUGGGAUUAUGAGCACCAAGUGGAUCUGGAGGCUUUCAGCAGCAACACCUUCUACGGCCUCCUUCUCAAACAGAGUCUGUCUGUCACCACACGGCUGGGGCAGCUUACCACUGAGGCCAGUAGCUCUUAGUUUAAAUGCUAAAACAUACAGUAUGUGAAAUGAUUGACAUUUACAUCCUCUUUUCUGUC